UAUACAAAUCACCCGGCCUCAUUGGCCUACAAUUAGUUCACUGAACUUUGUACAUAUAUCAGAAAAAAACAAUGCCUAAUAGGUUGAAAAUUAUUACUAAACAAAGAAUAACGGAAGCGAUCAAGGAUAAAAACUGCCUAAAGCCUAAAAAGUAAUAAUAAUAAUAAUAAAAUUAUGUAAAUGCUGUGGAACAACUUCUACGAACAUUUCAGGCUAACACAUUGGAAGUACUGGAAAAAGGUGGAAUAGUGCGAACUAAAUCAAUGCACUCACUCCGUCAGAUUGUUGAAAGUUUCACCUCCAUUUUGUACUGUCACAACCCUUGAUAAGGUGACAACGACAAGAACGACCGAGCAGAUUGUGAUACUGUUACGUGUUAUCAUUGUUUGUCAAGUGAACAAUGCGUAUAGAAGUCGUUUGGACCACAGGGCAGGGGUUUUACCCUAAAUUAAAUCCAAUCAGCAGAGACCAGCCGAUGAGAUUAGAGAGAAUAACACUACAGGACAGAUGUACAGGGCUCCAAUAUAGGGGUUUAUAGGCCCUCCUGAUCACCAUGAGAUAUCCUGAUAUCUUUUGUGGUGUAUUGUUUGCAUUGUUUUUACUUGUAUCUCCUUUGACAACAGCAGUUUUUGUCAACAAUGGUAACCCGUUUGUAAACGGACCUCUGAAUGUCACAUCAAAAACCCUGUCGAUUUUAAAAGACAAGAGCCCCAUUAAAGCCACUGCCUACUUCCCAACAGUGAACAAUGGGUCAUUUGGAGUUAUCUUCUUCGUUGGUGGAUUCUAUGGCGUUAUAUGGUCAGAAAACUACAGUGAUAUAUUGUCGAAGAUUGCAUCCCAUGGAUUCAUAGUUAUUGGAAUGGAUCCGGACUGGCCGGCUGACAGAAAUGGAUUAAGUUCAUCUACCAUUCCGAGUGCUAAUUACCGCGAUAUGGACAAAUACUUCAAAAUGUACGACUGGUUGAAAGGCAACCUGGCCAAAAAGCUGAAUCUUGACGUGGCAUGGGACCGCGCUGGGACACUUUGUCAUUCUGCUGGCUGCGACAACACGUUACAACUGGUGAUGAUGAAUCAGACGAUUUUUAAGGCCUCUGUGUGGUUGGAGCCGUUCAGUGCAUCCCUGAAAACGCCCAUUAAUUUCACUCAUCCGGGCUACGCCUACGGAACCCAGCUUUCCGAAGAGAUAAUCCCCUGUGCUAUACCUGGAUACGACUAUAGACACUACUACAAAAUGUGGAAGUGCCCAAGAAUCAUGACAGAAAUAUCAACCUUUGGUCACUGUGAUCUCCUCAAUCCAACAUUUUGGGAAGCAUGCAGGUCUCUCCCGCUUUGCAAGAUCACUAAAGAUAUCAAGCAACUUCCAGAAUACCGUAUGUUUGUACAGGGAAUGGCCACAGCAUUUUUAAUGGGAUAUCUCCAAAAUAACACUCAGGCCCUCCAGUAUAUUACCAGGAAGGAAUUAUGGCCAUUGGAUAUAUACAUGGAAAUCGACGUAGAUAUUAAAUGCUAGAGAGAGGGAGAGAGAGAGCAAGAGAGAGAGAAAGAGAGAGGGAGAGAGUGCAUAUCAAACAAAAUUUGCUUAUGUCACAUUUUAUUACACGAAACGCUCCUCGUCUAAUCGCCUCCAAAAGUCAGGAAUGCAGAUAUUGAAAAAACAGACACAACCCGCAGUUCUUAUUGAUUGUGAAAUUUGUUUUAAUAUUUAUGUGUAUGUAACAGUAAUGUCAUGAGAAGCGAUAUCAUUACAGCUUAUCACGCCAGCCAAUUUAUCUUGAUAAUACACACCUUGAUAAGCGGUGGGGGUGACUAGCCAUUAACCACACGCUGUGAUUACAUUAUAUCGGGAAAUAAUUAAGAUAAAUGGAAUGUAAGCAACUGAUUGUCGUAGUGAUAUUUGUACAAGACUUACACCCAAUGACUUUCUUAUGGAGGUAAUUAGAUAGACUUAGCGCCCAUCCGAUGUCAGAGCAAUAAACAUAUGGAAUGUUUUAAUAAGAUGUAAAGUGUGAAAAAAAUCGGACAAGUCCUAACUGAAGUUAGACACUUUAAAAUUUUCAACUAAUAUACACUUGAAAAUAUUCCUGCAUUGCAGCUAUGAUUUUUUCUUUGGUUCUUUGUCUCAUACGAGUACUAGAAAUAAAUGGACAAUUGUCUAUAAAAGGUGUAUGUAAGAAGCACCAUAUAUUCUUAAAGUCGCACCUGCACCUUGACAUAGUUGGUCUUUAACCCUACGCUUAAUCCGUUGCACUGGUCAAACAAUACCUGUAAACAGUUACAAUUGCAAUACACAAUGCAUACAGACUGUUGAGUGUUUCUUAAAAUAAUAUUUGUCGCGCUUUCCUUUUAUGAGAGGUGACUGCCCAUGGGUUAUUUGCCGAGCAACGACUGAAGUUUAAGAAGUCUGUUUGGUUUAGACGUAAGGGUGAGAACAUACGCACUCUGUAAACAACCACAAAAUGAAUAAAGGUAAAGAUCUCCCAAAUAUUGAAGAUGGAGCGCAUUAGGAAUGGAAGAAAUAACAAUUAAAGGCACAUUGCCAUACUUUGACGGUUUACACAAGAUUACAGUUUUUUGUAAAUUGCAAUAUUCCGAUAUGUGUACACAUAACUUCUUCGAAAUAUAGAUUAUCUACUAUAGAAGUGUGGUGAGCAGGUGAUAUACUAUUAUAUCUGGUGAAACCAUACCUAACAUGACAUCUUAUUCGUGAACUGUGAUUUGGCAACAUACAAAUACUCAAUCUGGUGUAUUUUUUUUAGAUUGGUCUACAUUGUUUCCAAUCUGCAGUGACAUUAACAUUAUGGUUUCAAAUAAUUAUUAUGUAUUUCUUUUAC